UUUGUGUUUUAUGUUCAUAUUUAAGACGUCGCCGUCUAGAUAUUAUGCGUUUUGUGGUCAUUUUUUACUUUUCAUUAUUCUGUACUUAACUCGCUGAUUUUUUUUUUCGUGAAGUGUUUUACAGUUAACGUUUAAGAAUAUAACUGAUAAUAAUUCAGUUACUAUGAGAUUGGGUGAUAGGAAUCGAGAUAGAAGCCGAAGUCCACUGAGGUCUAGAAAAAGUGGAUGUAAAAAAGUAUUUGUGUCUAAUAUACCAUAUGAAUUUAAAUGGAAGGAGUUAAAGGAAUUAUUCAAAAAAGAAGUUGGCGAUGUGUCUUUUGUUGUUGUUUAUACAGAUGAAAAAGAUAAAUCCCGAGGUUGUGGUACUGUUGAAUUUGACAGAGCUGAGUCUGCUCAAAAAGCAAUUGACAAAAUGCAUCGUUUUGAUAUAAAUGGAAGAAAAUUAGUAGUUAAGGAGGAUGACAUUGAUAGAGAUAAGAGUGGACGUCCCAUGUCAAACAUCCCACGUGGUAAUGUUGGUAGUGGAGGUGGCCCCCACACUGUUACAGGCAGUAUUGGCGGUAGUGGUGGUGUUGGUGGUGGUGGUGGUGGUGUAAGUGGUGUGGACUUAAGAAACAAUAGCAGAAUGCCAGUAGCAGAUGAUUUUCAAUGGGACAAUACAUAUGGACUUUCUCCUCAAUUUCUAGAAUCACUUAAUAUUCGUGGUCCACUUAUCAAUCGAAUUUUUGUUGCUAAUCUUGACUACAAAGUUGAUGAAAAAAAACUAAAAGAAGUAUUUAAACUAGCCGGUCGGGUAUUAGAAGUUGAAAUAUUUUCAGACAAAGAAGGAAAAAGUAAAGGUUAUGGUGUAGUUGAAUAUAACCAUCCUGUAGAAGCUGUUCAAGCCAUUUCCAUGUUUAACAAUCAAUUUUUAUAUGACCGUCCUAUGUCUAUACGUCUUGAUCGAACCGAUAAAGAUCCUUUGGCUAGACUUCCAGAAGGUUUAAAAUCAAUUGGAAUGGGCUUAGGUGCUGGUGGAACACCGUUGCAUGAUGUUGAAAGAAAUCUUCCUUCAAAUAAUACUUCACCCAUUCAAUCUCAGCCUCUUAGUACACCAGUUAACACAUCUGCAUUAGCUGUUUUAAGUGGCUUGAGUGCUGAUCGGUUAGCUAUUGAAACACAGAAUCGACGAUCUCUUGGUGGAGUUAAUGGACUUGGAAAUUUGAGUGCUAGUGAUUUAGGCAUUGGAACAGGAGGUCUAGGAGCUCCUUUUGGAUCUGGUUUGAACACUGGAGGAGCUGGACCAAUGAAUAGUUCUUCAAUGCAUCAAAAUAAACCAUUUUUAGGCUCACUAGGUGGUCGAGAUUUUAAUUCCUUAUCAGCAUCAAUUGGAGUCCGAAACUCAAAUAGUGGUGGUGGUUCUUUUGGUGCAGAUUUUAGAUCUGGAUUGGGCGGAGGUGACAUGGGCAUGGGUCCAAAAAAAUCUGACACGAUAAUGGUUAAAAAUUUGCCACCCAAUACAACAUGGCAAAGCUUAAAGGAUUACUUCCGUGAUUGUGGAGAUAUCAAAUUUUCUGAAGUUGGUAGCAAAGGUUUUGGAAUUAUCAGAUUUGCCUCUGAAUGGGAUGCUGAAAGGGCAAUAACUUUGAAACAUUUAUCAAGAUUUGAUGGUCAUAUUAUUGAAGUAAUAUAUUUCUAACUCCAUGUGUAAGUAAUUAUUAUUAUAAUUUCAAAACUUAUUUUAAAUAUUAAUAAACUAAAAAAAAUGGUGUGAAACAUGAUGUAUGUAGGCUAUGUUAAUUCAAUAUUUAUUGUAACAUAAUUUUCCUAUAGCCAGAUGUUGACAUUUUAGGAUAAUAAUUUUCCAAUAGGCUUAUGAUUGUGUGUUUAUCUUAGACAUCAGUACUAUUUUUAAUAAAAACUUUCUUUGAGAAAAGA